AUGAUUUGCCCCGUCUGCGACAAAUUGCUAAGUCUGCUUCAAGUGCCGGUUGGUCUCCCAAGGCCUAGUUAUCCAGAUUGCCGCAUAGACUGGCCGGAAGUCUUGACAUCCGGAUGCCCCUACCACCCAAAGCUGCUUGCCGCUAUCCUAGGGGUUGACUUAAAGCCCAAUGCUGCGGAAGACAUAGCUCUUUUGCCGUUUCGAGGAUAUGACCACAUUCAAAUUGUCGCCACUAUCAAGUCUUCAGAUGGCGAGAAGCAAUUCGGAUCAGGGGAGCUGCAACUGCUUUCAAAAGUACAGGAUGGCCGAACAAUCAAGGGCCCAGGGAAACUUGUCAACCCACAAUGGAUCCAGUCUGGUCUGGUUAGACAGUGGAAUAAGAAAUGUCUUGCUCUACAUGGGAAUGCCUGCGGGUCAGCAUCGGAAUUCGGACAUGGAAUUCAGCCAACAUGGGUCAUCGACGUUCAGCGUCAAUGCCUCGUGCGACCAUUGCCCUCCGAUAAGUAUGUAGCUUUAAGCUAUGUAUGGGGCAAAGUACCUACUUUCAUGACAAAACUCAACAACAUUGCUCAGCUACAGAAACCCUCGUCGUUGGCCGCUGGCAAUACAGACAUACCCAUCCCAAGGACCAUUCGGGAUGCCAUGAGCUGUGUUCAAGAGCUUGGUGAGCGAUAUCUUUGGACAGAUUCUUUGUGCAUCGUCCAAGAUGACUUUUCACUGAAAAGUACCGAGAUCAACAACAUGGCGGCUAUUUACUCCAACGCUACCUUGACGAUAAUUGCCGCAGACGGACUCGACGCUGACAGCGGUCUUCCGGGGCUUGAGGGUCUCACUUCACCGAGGUUUGCGGAACAGAAGAUUCAUACAUUACGGCCUGGGAUUGAGAUCGUUGAGAGCAUCGGACCCUCCCCUGGGCUAUACGCGGAACCCACAAAAUGGAGUACACGCGGAUGGACAUAUCAAGAGUACGUCUUCUCGCAACGCAGACUUCUCUUCGAGGGCGGCUGGGUACGAUGGAUCUGCGCCCGUGAUACCUGGUGUGAGGUUGGAGAGGCGCGCGACGCAGAUGGUGCUGGAAAAGAUGUACGCAGAGCCAUCUCCAGGCCCGUCCCGAAUCUGGAACUGCUCAACUCCAUGAUCAAUCAGUACAAUAGGAGGGAUCUGACGUACCCGGAAGACGCCCUGAACGGAUUGACUGGUGUCCUCAAUUCUUUCACGCCUAGAUUUGUUGGAGGGUUCAUCUCUGGUCUUCCAGCCGCCAUCUUUCACAUCGCAGUCCUGUGGGAGCCCUUUGAUACACUUACUCGACGACAGGCAGUAACAUAUUCACAUACAGAUGUCUGCUUACCGAGCUGGAGCUGGAUAGGUUGGAAAGGCGGACUUGCGCCAUUCGCCUGGUCGCCAGCCUUGGACUUUGUGAGGUCAAGCAAAAUCAGGGAGGGAGCACGUUUCUUUGACAGAGUCAAGCCCCUUGUGGAAUGGAGCUGGAGAAAGAAUCUCAAAGCAGAAAGCACCCGAAUUCAUUGCACGUGGUUCGAUUACCAGCAGAGGUUCUCUAGGAAGAACUUAAAUGCACCACCUCCUUGUCCCCCGGGCUGGACGAGACACGAAACCAAACCUCCGUCUUCAGUAGAGGAAUUCAUUUACGAGGGACCAAAACCGGGUUAUCCACCGCAUUACUUUUACAAGCAUGAAUCAGAGCCAGAGUCUGAGUUUUGGUAUCCAAUCCCAUUGCCAGACGCAUCACCUCUGAUAGGAACCCAGAUAGCUGCACCGUUCAUUUCUUGCCAGACGAAAAGAGCGUUCGCAUAUCGUGGUGAGGUCAUCACGCCGACGUACAGAAGAGGCGGUAUAGUUGUAUCGCUUCGAGGCGUGACAUCUACGUGGCUUGGGGCUCUGAGGCUGCACGAAAGACCUACAUGGAUGGAAAGAGGUACAGAUGAUAUCAGUAACCAACCUAUAGAACUGGUCGAGGUCGCCCUUGGGUCUGUCCCUGAAGAUGCUCGAAAGUGGCUGCCGUAUCAUCAGGUGCUGGACGAAUGGGAUCAUGAGGAGAGGCCGAAAAAUGGUGAUUUUUACGAAUAUUACUUUGUCUUGUGGGUUGAGAGGAAAGGUGAUGUUGCGUAUAGGAGGGGCCUGGGGCGGGUAGAGCGGCAACUCUGGGAGGCACAGGCAAGAGAGAGUAUUGAAUUGACUCUUGGAUGA